AUGCCUGGGGUACCAUCCAACAAGGCUUGCGAGCGAUGUAAAAAGAGACAUCUGAAGUGCGAUGAGACUCGUCCUAGCUGCCAGCGGUGCAUCGCUGCCGGCGUGGACUGCCCAGGAUAUAUCCAGAUGCGCAAAUUCAUCGACCAAGGGGCAUCAGUGAGACGCCGCUAUGCCCCAUACCAGGAAUCACACCCCAAAAAUGUCAGCGUAUCCACGCCAAGUAUUCAUUCGGAGAUGAAUGAACAACGGAAUACGCAGUCACAGGAAAUGCCAAAGGACAGCUUGACCUUGCAUUCGCAGAUAGAAGAGACGAAACCGGACCCACAAGCUAAUCUUAUGGACAAGGACAUGUCUGGUCCCGCAAUAACACCAGGCGCCGUUCAGUCACUGUACUCCAGUGUUCCGACUUUUGGAGGCGAAGGCAGUGGAUCGACAGGAAGCACUAUCUAUAGCUUGGCCUCGCCAAACACAUCUACGGGUGCCUUGACAAGUCAUGAACAUUCCCCUCCGAAUCGUCUUGAUUUCACAAAACUGGUUAGUUCAGAGAGCCUGUCGCAGCGGAGUGAGAAAGAAGAGUUCCAAGACAUCUUCUCGGAGCUCAUGACUGGCACUGAGCAUGAGACUGCCUUCCUUAUUCGACAUUAUUCUGACGUGCUAGGUCCUUGGCUGGACCUCUCGGACAGUGGGAAGUUCUUUGCUGUGUACGUGCCGAUCCGGGCUAUCAACAACCAAUCUCUCAAAUAUGCAAUUGCAGCUUUGGCAGCCAAGCACUUAGGACAGGUUAAAGGCGCCAAAUCGCCUGCGGGUAGUGGCAUGUUCGCAAGUCUUGCCAUCAUGCAGACCUAUCCGAAUUCGGCCCAGGUGGACUGGUUUCUCAAAGCCGCAAACUACUUUUAUCUGGCAGUUUCUGAGCUAAAUACCGCCACUUCCGACGGCUAUACAUCUGUAUCUAGCUCGGCUGUGUUGGGGUCACCUGUUGAGAUGCUUGGUCGAUGGCUGAACUCUGACUCUACACAAUCCGGAUUAGAUCCGGCGAGCAGUGCUCCAUUUACCGCCACGCUUUUACGAAAGACGGAAGAAAUGCUUGCGGUCGUUGUGCUCCUGACGUUCUAUCGACUCAUGGAUACCAGUGGAGACGAAUGGCACGAACAAUUGUCAGGUAUCAAGUCUCUAUUUGACUCUCUUACCCGUGUGCAUAUGACCCCGUCAGCUAUGUUUUGCCAUGGUAUUCGCGCAGCGUUUUGGAAUUUUGCUCGUCAGGACUAUAUUGGUUCUUACUUUACGCGCUCCCCAACACACCUUGAUCCAGACAAUUUGUUUCUCUGGCGCACAGCAGGAAUAUCGAUUGGCGCCGAGGAUGGCAAGUUCCACAUCAAUACGUCUGCAAUUUACGCCUUGUCUCAAGAGGACCAAGCAGCCAAUGGCUUGAUUUGGCUGAUCAACAAAGUGAUCAAUUUUCUGGCAAGGUCGAAACAGUCACAACUGGCGCAAUGGGCCGGGUCUCCGCACCCCGAAUCUCCCAAUACGCAAGCCGCCGAUGUUGACACUUGGCUUAAGCUCUGUUUUGAUUUGCAGACAUGGUUUGAAGGUGUACCGGAGACUUUUCGUCCAUGCAUUCGCAUUGAACACCCCAAAGAUCAUUCAAAACCGUCUGAAAAGAGUCUCCCAUUUCCAGAGGUGUUUCAUAGUCUGACUACUUGUGCUGCCGCUACGCAGCAUUACCAUUUCGGGAGGAUGGCGUUGCUGCUCAAUCGACCGCCCGAUGUUGUCAGUGCUCCCAGUACAGCGUUCGAUCGAUUACAAGGCUACCGUGAAGUGACGAAAGAAGUAGAAUAUCGCUGCCGGGAAAUCUGCGGCAUUGCUUUAGGACGACCACAGGGCGGCGUACGCAUUUACAUGGUUGUGCUCUUGUACGCUGUUGGGCAGUGCUUGGAGAAUGCAGAAGAGCACGACAUUAUUGUUGAUCUCUUGCACAGAGUCGAGGCUGACCUGGGUUGGGUUACUGAAUAUUUGGUUCAGAAGCUACAGGCUUGUUGGAGCCGAUGA